AUGCCCUGGCAGAGGGGCCUGGGCGAUGGCAGUAGCUACGGCAGCUAUGGCGGCAGUAGCUACGGAAGCUAUGGCGGCAGUAGCUACGGCUAUGGUGGUUCUGGCAGCUACGACUACAGCUACGGCUACAGUUACAGCAACUAUGCGUAUGGUGGAGGCCAGGGUGGGGAGGCGCCAGAGGGUUGCAAUGGAGGCCUUUGUUGCAUCCGCGCCGUGAAGCUUUACCCCAGAGAGCCGUACUACACGAACGAGGAAUGUGUGAUCAAUGUGGCGGACGGCAACUCCAAGCCCCUGAGAGUUCUGGACUUUGAGACUGAUGAUGGCGAUGUGCUCACUGUCAAUGGAGUGAACUACAGCGGCUACAAUGGUCCUGUCGGGGUCGUUCCACAGGGACCAAUAACCUGGUCCACAGACUCGGUACAAGGUCGUGACAUGCGAGGAUUCUUCAUAUGCCUCGAUGAAGAGGCGCCUACGAACGUCACGGAG